AUGUACCUUCAACGCGAAGACUGUACGACACAAGACUGCGAGGAUUCGUCAGUGUCGGAUCGUCAGGAUGCGACCACUGAGACCGCGAACGUGCCACAUGCCAAUGACAAAAGAAAACAAGUCUCUAAUCAUUCUCACCAUUCCGACCAAAUUGACGUGGCCGACUCAGGCGAGCAAGACGACAGUCUAUCGGCCGGAAAAGAUAGCUGCAGACUGUCAGAUAGCCAGGUGUUCGAUUCGGAUAGGAAUUCCCUGGGGAGGAUAUCCUUCGAUCUGCCGUCACUAGAUCUCAGCUUCCUUCCUAACACAGGACUCGACACCUAUGAACCUGAAAUCACAGUCGACCACGCACCGCAAGGUGUCAAUGAGGCCUUAGGUGUAUACCCGACUCCCUUGCCUGCGACUGUGCCGUUGCAUGAUUACAUUUCAAUAAGCAUGUCGCCGUCUGGUUCUCCACGGCGACCCAUUCCCAUUGAAGGAACCGACGAGUACCAUGAUGCCGCGGUCGUGGCCACUCUCGACAAAUCCACUGCGACAAGACCGUCAGAACCGUGUGAUUUCCAGGGUGGUCGACCAAGUUCAAGUUCUCCCAAGAGUGAUUCCCAAUCUUGGAACGACUUAUCACCAAGAGACGGCCAAGAACGUGCAGCGUAUUGGCUUACAUCUUCUCAAGAUUCCACGGAACUCAUACAAGGCUCGUCGGACGGUGUGGAUGAGGUCAAGACUCCGGCAUUUCUCGAUCUCGCAAAUAUGCUCCUGGCAGAAGAUGCCGCUACUACUCAGCUUCCCGGAUAUCACUUGCCCUCGGGGCAAGACAUGGUGACCUAUGUCAAUCUGUACUUUACUAAUUUCGACCCUCGCUUUCCCAUCCUCCACCGCGCCACCUUUUCCUUAUCGACCUGCUCCGCACUGAUGUCUGCGACAGUGUCAGCCAUCGGAGCCAGCUAUUCGGAACAUGUUCAAGCAAAGAGCUACUCCAAGGCAAUGCUCCGGCAGCUUUGGUCCAUUUACAAAAACGACUCCUUCAGCUCUGGAGCUUUGAACACGUCGCAAAUUAUGGACAUGCUUACGGCUUUCUGCCUCCAGUCUUACUAUGAAUUAACUUACUUCCACAAGGAUGCCACCAGUCUGUCUUCUCAGCAUGAACAGCUCUACAUUUCCACCGCAAAGCGCCUGGGUCUGUUAUCAUCGGCCAAACCCUACAAGAGCGGUGACCGGGAGGAACAGACUGCCCUCAACCAGCUCCCAGGAGCAAUGACUUCUCAGUCGAGCCGCCAAGAUCCGAAUCAUGACCAGCAAGACUUGGAGAACUGGCUGACCUGGAUCCGCGGCGAAAAGAAGAAACGGCUCGGGUGGGCGAUUUUCGUGAGUCUGACUGUAUUCUUCGCCCUUGCUAGGAGAACAAGUUACUGA